AUGACUCUCAAUACCAAGAAUAAGCUUGCAUUCAUUGACGGCUCCUUGCUUCGACUAGCGAAGAAUUCUUCUGAAUUUUCUACAUGGGAUCGUGUAAAUGAUAUGGUAGUUUCUUGGAUCUAUAAUGCUUUUACUGGAGAUAUUUCAGAUAGCAUACUUCAUGGUUCCUCUGCCCAUGACAUAUGGAUUGACCUUUGGGAUCGCUUUUCUCAAAGCCUUGCUCCGCAAAUCUUCGAACUGACUCGGUCCAUUGCCACCCUUCAACAAGAUAAUCUCUCGAUUAUGGCUUAUUAUAGCAAACUCAAGGCAUAUUGGAAUGAACCUGCAUCUAUCUCUGCCCAUCCCUCUUCUCGCGGUCAUAUUUUACUUAUGGACCCCGUGGCAACUGUUACACGAGCAUACAAUCUCCUCUUACAAAAGGAAAGACAACGGUCUUUGCAUGUCCAGCCCAACCCGCAACAAGAAGGUGUUGCUCUCACAGUUAAACUUGGUGCUUACUCUAACUCUCUUCAUAUUGGAUCUGUCAAUGAAGAUGCAGAUUGGUUUAGGUAA